UCCGUCGCCCAUUUCUGACGCUUGACGUCAACCACAAAGCUAAUGGAUAGUUCCUUGCUACAGUCUAAAAACAUCCAUUUUGGGAAACAUGAUGUUGCGGGCACUACUUUUUGUUUUUUCUUUUAUUCUAAUUUUUUAUAGAAUAGGAGUAGCCAUUAUGGACCACGUCUGUUGUCCCUACCAUCUGCUUCAUCACACGCUGAAGAUCAUACAUACAGCUUCAAAUGUUGCUGUGAUUCUGUAUAAGUUAGGUUCAGAAUUCAGAAGGUUCAUCCAAUUCCCAAUUGCCAUGGAUGUAGAUUGUCCUCUCUGUAUUCGUUUGGCUGCAGUUUUAUUCAUGCACAGUUUGUUGACCAGUUCAUCCACUGCUGGAGCCAACAACAUUACCACAGAUCAAUCUGCACUUCUGUCCCUGAAAAGUCGCACCGUUUCAGAUCCUUAUGAAGUCAUGGAAAACUGGACAGUUCCAUCUUCAGUUUGCAAUUGGAUUGGUGUCACCUGCGGCAAACGCCACAAUAGAGUGAUUGGAUUGAAUAUUUCUAAUAUGGGUCUUGCCGGAAGCAUCCCACCGGAGCUUGGAAACCUUUCAUUCCUUGUUUCGAUUGACAUUAGUAAAAAUGGCUUUGAAAGUACCUUGCCUGAAGAUUUAGUUCGGCUGCAGAGAUUGAGAUUUGUGAGUUUCAGCUACAACAACUUCACCGGCGAGGUUCCUUCUUGGAUUUCAUCCUUACCUCAGCUUGAGAACUUGUCUCUCAGGAACAAUAGUUUUUCUAGCAUAAAUUCAUUUCUUGUCUCAACAUCAAACCAAACAAAGCUUGAUACUUUGACGGUUUCCUACAAUCCUUUUCAGGGAGAAAUUCCGAAAUCUAUAGGCAAUCUUCGAAGCCUCAAGAAGCUUUACAUGGUAGGCAAUGGAUUUUCAGGGUCCAUUCCUACCUCCAUUGUAAACAUAUCAGGUUUAGAGACUUUGGAAUUGUCAGAAAAUUUGAUUCAAGGGAUGCCAGAAGCCAUAGGAAAUCUUCACAUGUUGAAAUGGUUGAACUUGCAAGGGAAUCGACUUGAUGGUUCUAUACCACUAAUUGUCUUCAACAUUUCAACUCUAGAAAACUUAAGCUUUUCAAGAAAUCAAUUAUCGGGUACUCUUCCUGGUGACAUGUGCCGUGGAGUUCCAUUGCUGAAAAGGCUUUAUCUAUCUGAUAACAUGAUACAUGGACACAUACCAUCAAGUAUUUCCUCGUGUACUCAACUUCAGUUUUUCUCGAUGCCACAUAAUGUUCUUACAGGAAGUAUACCAAAAGAAAUUGGGAGCUUGGAGAUGCUUCAGACAUUGUAUCUUCGCAGCAACAUGUUAACAGGUCUAAUUCCAUCAGAGAUUGGAAACCUUCACAAUCUCCAGUUCUUAAGUCUGGGGGACAACUUUCUAACUGGAACUAUACCAUCAACUAUGUCCAAUAUGUCAUAUCUAAAUUAUCUAUCUUUCAAAAGGAAUAGGCUCCACGGAUUCUUGAUUGAUGAAAUUGGGAACCUAACCAUGCUCACGGAACUUUAUCUCGGUGAAAAUAAUUUCACAGGUGUGAUUCCGCAAGUGUAUGAUAGACUAACUCAAUUAGAGGUCUUGGAGAUGGGGAUGAAUAGCUUAAGUGGCCAUAUACCUUCAUACAUAUUCAACCUGUCUACACUGAAGGUGAUUUCACUUUUAGGAAAUGAUUUUAUAGGCAAUGUUCCUGAAAAACUAAGUUCUUCUCUUCCAAAUCUUGAACAACUCUUUCUUGGUGUCAACCAUCUGAAUGGUGUUAUACCAAACUCGUUCUCAAAUUUUUCUCAUCUCAAGAUUCUAGAUCUUACUUACAAUGAGUUAACUGGUUCAAUUCCCGACAACUUGGGGUAUGUAAGAUCCUUGGAAGUGCUAAACUUAGUGGGGAACAAUUUAAUAAGUGAAUCUGUUUCGCCUGAGCUGAAGUUUUUCACUUCUCUGAUGAGUUCCAGGUCCUUAACAUUCUUGGCAGUCAAUGAUAAUCCACUAAAUGGCACUUUUCCUACAUUUGCUGGGAAUCUUUCUUCUUCCCUACAAUCUUUUAGUGCAUCAGGAUGCAGUAUUAGGGGAUUCAUUCCAAAUGAAAUUGGAAAAUUAAGUGGAUUGGUGAGAUUAAAUCUUCAGGGAAAUGAUUUGACUGGAACCAUUCCAAGUGAACUCAGUAAACUGUCUAAUCUUCAAGAAUUGGAUCUUGGAAACAACAGCCUGACUGGAUUUAUUCCCACUGAUAUCUGCAAAUUAGAACGUUUGGGACGCCUGGCAUUGGGCCAAAAUCGUCUAACAGGUUCACUUCCGGAAUGCUUGGGAAGUGUAUCCUCUCUAAGGUACAUAGAUCUCAAUUCCAAUAACCUGUCUUCUGAAAUACCUCCAAGCAUUUGGAGCUUGAAAGAUCUCUCAGAUCUUGAUAUCUCCUCAAAUUCUAUCAAUGGUUCUAUAUCUCCUGAAAUAGGAAACUUGAAGGCAGCCAAUACCAUUGACUUGUCAAUGAACCAGUUGUCAAAUGAUAUCCCCAACACCUUUGGAGGUUUAGAAAAUGUGAUAACUCUUUCUCUAGCGUAUAAUAAAUUUCAGGGUCCCAUUCCUGAUUCCAUUGGCAAAAUGCUGAGUUUGAAUUCUCUAGAUCUAUCACACAAUAUGCUUUCUGGUACAAUUCCCAAGUCCUUGGAGUCUCUAACACAACUCAAGUCCUUCAAUGUUUCUUUCAAUAAAUUAUCAGGAGAGAUUCCGACAGAGGGCCCUUUCAAAAAUCUUACAAGCCGAUCCUUUGCAUUCAAUACUGCAUUGUGCGGUUCUAAGAGGUUUCUGGUUUCAUCCUGCAAAGCAACGCGAAGGUCAAACAGAAAGAAAGAGCUUCAGAUUGUUUUCGUUGUUCUGGGAAUAGUGGCAUUAAUUUUGACUGGGAGCAUGAUCUUUUUAAUUACUAGAUACUACAGGAAAAAAGAGUAUCCAAUUGUGUCAGAUAUAUUUGCUACAAAGAAACCUAUAAGAGUUUCUUAUUACGAGCUUUUACAAGCAACGAAUGAAUUUAGUGAAGACAAUUUGCUAGGCAGCGGAAGCUUUGGCUCAGUUUACAAAGGUGUUUUGAAGGAUGGGACUGUUUUGGCUAUAAAAGUUUUCAAAACACAAAUGGAGCAUGAAUCAAAGUCUUUUGAUGCUGAAUGUGAAGCCCUACGGAAUCUUCGUCAUAGAAACCUUAUUAAAGUUGUUGGAAGUUGCUCAAAUAAAGAUUUCAAGGCCUUAUUACUGGAGUACAUGCCCAAUGGAAGCUUGGAGAAGUGGUUGUACUCUAACUACAAUUUGGAUGUCAUACAGAGAUUGAACAUAUUGAUAGAUGUGGCUUGUGCAGUCGAAUAUCUCCACCAUGGCUAUUCGACACCUGUUGUUCAUUGUGAUUUAAAGCCUAGUAAUAUCCUCAUGGAUGAGAACAUGGUUGCCCAUGUAAGUGAUUUCGGCAUCACAAAAUUUUUGGGCGAAGAAGGGAGUGUCACUCACACCAGGACUCUUGCAACACUUGGCUACAUGGCUCCAGAAUAUGGAUCGGAAGGCAGGAUUUCCACAAGCUGUGAUGUCUACAGUUACGGCAUCAUCAUGCUGGAAAUGUUCACAAGAAAAAGUCCUUGCGAUGAAAUGUUUUCUGGUGGCAUGAACCUCAGGAGUUGGGUAAAAGUUUCACAUCCUGAUGUUCUGAUCCAGGUUACCGACCCCAGUUUGAUAAGCAUUGAGGAAAUGAAUGCCAGUACAGUAUUGCCUUGCAUAUCAUCUGUGUUGGAAUUGGCUAUGAGAUGCUCGGAGGAUGCUCCCAGCGAAAGGAUGAACAUGACAGAUACUUUGGCAGAAUUAAAGAAAAUCAAACUCAACUUUAUGCAACACUAUGCUGGACCAGAGACGCGGUGACAAACAAUCUGCCAUGCUACCCAUCCGAGUUAUCCAUAUUUGUUAAUACUUUAUCUAAGAUCUCAUUGAAUGUACUUAUUUAUCUUGAAUAAUCUUUCUGAAAAUUAAUGUAUUCCAGUGUGAUUAAUAACUAAAUUUGGAGAAUGUAACAAAACUAAUAAAGUUAAUCUCCUAUUAUAAUAAGCUUAUUGCUUUGGGUAUAGCUCCAACCCAAAUUUUUCUAGUUAAGGUAUCGACAGGUCUAAUUAAGCCUAUUAGGGACUUGCCUAUCCUCCUACCCACCGUGUUUUUGUCCCAGAAAGGGAAACCAGGAAGAUGUUUUGCACAGCUGGGGGGAAUCUGUCUGAUUCUGAUCUUUGUUAUCUCAGGCAAAUUCAUAUUCAUUUCCUAAACUUUGUUCACAUAUUUCAGUUCAAUCAUUAACCUUGACUCUUUCUAUACUAUGUGUGAUGUUGAAUCUAUAUAUGUGUUGUACCUAUUGUAGAAAAUGAGCAAGUUAAACUGAGGCUUUACUAAAUUUCAUGAUUUUUGUUUUUCUAAGUGGAAUCUUAAUAUUAGUCUACAAAGUAAGGCCGGAAAGUCAAUUGAGGGAUAUGUGUAAUCACUUCAAAUAAUAUCUUGUGGAGGAAAUGAGCAAUCCAACCAUUAUCGUUUCUUCUAAUAAAAUUCUUUGGUUUCCUAACCCGCUCCCCAUUUCAUUGAUAGCUUAUUUUCGCCAUUGACUUGGAAGACUUAGCUUUGUAAUGGGGAAGAAGGUAGAAAAAGUCUACCAUCCCCACUACACAGCUGUGGCUUUUAGUUGGGGGGCCCUGCUUUCAAUUGGUUUCUAAUAAUUGCUUUCUACAGUAUAAUUUAUGGAAUGACUUUUCACAUA